AUGGGUGAUGAUAAAUUGGAUCCACCUAAAGAUUGUAAUAUUUCACAAGAUUGCACUGGACAGCUGGGACCAUUUUGCAGUAGUUUUGAAGAUAAUACUACCGAAUCGGAUUUAUUACAUACAUUCGAAUUACCGAUAUCACCCAGUCAAGAUUUAUUUGGUGAAACUACAACAUCAAGUUCCAAUAGAUAUUCUCCUCCUAUUGGUCGAACAACGGUAACUACUCCAUCCUGCUUUUGGAAAAACUGCGAAUCUUCUGUUCAUCAAGUUUGCGUUAAUACAGAUAGUGGAUUUUCUAGUUGGACUGGAGGUGGUGAUUCUAAAGCCAGAUCCCCAUCAAAUUUGAUUUCAUCUUACUGUGCCUUACCUCACUCAAUUUUUUCACCACUGAUAUCAUCCGAUCGUGAAAGUGUUUUUAUGCAGAAUCAAUCUGAUCAAGCUAAUUCGCCUUGGAGGCUGACACAUUUAAACGAAUCAGACAUAAGCUCUAGAAACUCUGUUACCAGCUCAGGUUCAUGUCUAAAUAAUUUACCUUGUGCUAGUGAACUUAAUGAAGAACUUUCAGAUAGAAUGUUCGUUACAAGUAUAAGUGAUAUGAUAAGAAAUUCUCCAACUUGGUCUACUCCAUGGACUUGUUCAAAUAAGUAUCCUCAUACAUACGAACCAUGUAAACCAGUAUCACAGAAUGCUGUAGAUAUGAUAGAUUCAUAUCCAGAAACUAUUCCUCUCUCUGAUUUAUCAUCAUUUUUCUCUCUUGGAUUGAAUUCAGAAGUUAAAAAUGAAUGCAAUGAUUCAAACAGUUUACAGUCUCCCGAUGACAUUAAUGAUAAAAUUUAUAAGACAGAAAAUUUUAGUAAUUUCUACUCAAAGGCAUCAAAUUCUGUUUGUACACAUGAGAGGAAUCUUUCUACUCAUUUAUUUCGCCCGAUUCCUACUCACGAAGAAAGCAAACUUCAUGGGGAUUUGUUUAAUUCUUCAACUUCAUCUUCUUUGGUAAAUACACAUCCUAAUCGACGCAUUGCUGUGCAUCCCAUUAGAAACACUGAUAUAAAUUCCAAUGCUUCUAUUUCACGGCAAUCACAACAUACAAACUGUCGUCCUAGAACUAUAUCUUAUACUGCUUACUUAGACUCAUCAAUUAGGAAACCACAAAUUAACAGGCCAGGUUCUGCACCAUUACAACGUGAAAAUUUAUUUAUUCCAGAAGAAGAUUCCGAUUCAAGAGAAAAUAAUGAGCGUUCAGAAGAAAUGAAGGACUGUCACCUUGUGCCUAAACGCCGUAUUAAGAAAUCAACAUCCAAAAUGUCUACACGUAGAUUUUCACAAAACUACCAGUCUAACUCGUGUGGUCAUUACGAUACCAACAUAAACAAGAAUAAUUUUGAGGAUGCAAGCAUCCUUGAGAGUGCCGAUUUUACAAACGUGGGACAUCAUAGUCAACAUACGAAUUGUAUUUAUAACAGGGCAACAAACGUAGCUGACCAACAACUAUAUCCAAGAAUGAAUUUAGAUAGUAACAUUUCGCAUAUAUCUGCUGAGCGUUGCCUUACAAAUUUACCAUUAUGUCCAGAUUAUCGAUCAGUUCAAUAUGAUGUAAGCCGUUCGAACGCACAUGCAAUAAGUUAUUCACCGAAUUAUACUGUCGCUCCUCUCUGUUCCGUCAUUUCAUUGCCAACUUCUCCCAUGAUGAAUACCAUGCCAACAACCACAAAUAAUUUGAAUGAAUGGAAUAAUCACAAUAAUAAUAUACCAGUAUUACGAUCAACGCCUAUGCCUGAUGUUGUACCCCGGUUCGGGUUACAUAUGAAUAAUAAUAAUGCCAAUACAAUUACAUCAAAUGUCACUUCAUUUCAUCAUUCUAUCUUAUUACAACCAAGAUGUUCAUCUGUUCCACUUAUACAGUCAACAUCGUCACCAACAAGUUCAAGUUUAAAUCCAAAUUAUUCUCACUGUCAAUAUCGUCGGCAUCAACAACCUUCAGAUCAUCAUCAUUACUGUGAUCAUUGUAAUUUAUCAUCUGUACCACAAUCCAUUCACAACAGUGGAACAGACAUGAAUUUCUCGUCUACAUCGAUUAAUCAAAUACAACAUACAAGUUCACUAGCAAGACGUUUAGCUUGUGUUGCAGAUGAGUUAAUGAUAGAUUAUUCAAGAAGAAAUCGAUCAGGACGGUAUAAUUUGGCAUCCGGGAUCUUGUUUAAUUAUGGAAUUAGUACAGCUAAUUACAGUGUACAAGUAUUUUGGAGAUUUUCUUUGAAUCUAUAUUCAUUGUUUGCAUUUCCAGUCGAUUAUGCAUUACGAACUAUGCGAUUAAUUAUUAGCCAAUCACUGUCACCACAAAACACUACAAAUCCAUCAGAGAAUAUUGCUAAUCCGUCAUUAAACUCUUCAGAUCAAUGCACUAUUUAUUCCAGACAAAGUAAUAAUAAUAACAAUGAUAGUGGGGCUGUUGUUGGUAAUGAAUCUAGAUUUCCUCCACAUAAUCAUUAUGAUGUAAAUGAAUCUAAUCAAUCUGAUCUUAGGGAUUCAGCUUUGUCUCUCUUCUCUUCCUCUUUUUCUCCUACUAUCGAUAGUAUCAAUCAGACUGCAAGAGUUUGUCAAUUUAAUCCCUCUACUCAAUUGUCAACAUUGUCAUCGUCUAAUACAUAUCCUCACCAUCAUAAUUAUUAUUACCAUCAUCAUCAGUCUUCAACAUCUCAAAUGCUUCUACUUCACUCUACUGGUGAACAAAGUCUUAGUUCUUCAGCGGCAAGAACAAUUGAAGCUGGUCAUUCUUCUAACUAUAUGGUGGAAAUUAGCACAUCGGAUUCGGAUAGUAAUUAAAAUAUCUUGUAAUGAUAAUAUUUUAAACUUAACCAUUCGUCUAAUCCAAUAAACAAACAAACGAUCUUUUCAAUAAACGCAAUACUAAAUUAAAACACCAACCAUUAAUUUGUCCUGAAUAUAAUAUAUAGAUUUCAAAACUGAGGAAAAAUUUGUGUUUUUUGUUCGUUUUUAACUGUAUGCUUAAUAUUGAUAAGUUUAAGACGAAAAAAAUGCAAAUCCU